CCCAUUAGGGUGGUUGGUUUCUUAUCUGAAGCUUGCAGAUGGAAGGGAGGGGCUGGCCAUAUAGGGGAUCACUCCCUUAUAGCGCCUGCAGACCUUCCUUGGUCAGGGAAGAGCUCAGUUCGCCCCACCCAUUCCUGAAUGUUUUACCUUCUAAGCCUUAACCUCCUUCCUAGUAGGCAGGAGUGAUGUCUGCCCGCUCUAUUAUAUUAAUGUCUGCAGCAGCAGGUCAGUAACCAGUCCGUCUUUAGUACUUGUCGAGGGUGUCAUGUCUGCAGAGGAGGCCCCUGAGCCAUGAGAGAAAGGGACAAGGAUCGUUUGCUUAGGUCGCCACUCCCGCCUCCCCUCCCCACUCCUCCCUUGCCCAGCCCAACUGUCCUUAUUUAAUGGCCAGUGAAAAGAAAAUCUGGGAACUGUAAAUUGGUAUAAAGCCAUGUCCCUCUCUAGGUAAGGGAGAGGUUACCUACGGUAUACACAUUAACACCCUGUUACGAAACUUCCUUGUAUUACACACUGACUUUCGCCUGAUUAACUUGUAUCUCCCCCAGUGUUUAGUACAGGGCUUGGCAUGUAGUAAAUGCUUAACAACCACAGUUAUUACUAGUCUUUCCAGGAGGACAGUUAUUAUAUUGUACCAAGAAUGACUCUGCAGCUAAAUGAUUAAAAGCGAUUCGUUUAAUGAUCGAGCUGAAGUUUUGUCAUUUGACUUGUCGAAAUAUUAGUCCCGUCGGAUUCUCUCCGAGACACUUGUGAUUGAACCUAAGAGCUGCCGGGGGGCUUGCCUUUUCUUUUUUAGCAGGUUGUUUUCAAUGAAUUGGGAAUUAUGGAUACUGAACAGACCUCCCUAGUGCAUAAAAAAGUUACAGUCGUUCAGAAGAUGAUCGCUUCUUGUACCGGAGCUCUUCUUACAUCAUUAAUGGUGACACCCCUGGAUGUUGUUAAAAUCCGACUUCAAGCCCAAAAAUAUCCAUUCCCCAAAGGAAAAUGUUUUGUGUACUGUAAUGGCCUCAUGGAUCAUAUGUACAUCUGUGAAGAGGGAAGCGGCAGAGCGUGGUAUAAAAAGCCCGGCCAUUUCAGAGGAACAUGGGAUGCUUUUUUGAAAAUUAUUCGAAAUGAGGGUAUUAAGUCCCUGUGGAGUGGCCUUCCUCCAACACUGGUGAUGGCAGUUCCUGCCACAGUUAUUUAUUUUUCAUGUUAUGAUGAACUCUCAGUUUUUAUGAGAUCUAAACUAGGAGAAGAUGAUGCUCACAUACCCAUUAUUGCUGGAGUCCUGUCUCGAUUUGGUUCAGUAACAGUAAUAAGUCCAUUAGAGUUAAUUAGAACCAAGAUGCAGUCUAAGAAGUUGUCUUACAGGGACCUGCUUCUAUUUAUGAGCAAGACAUUAUCCACCGGUGGCUGGACUUCCCUGUGGAGAGGCUGGGGUCCGACGGUCCUCAGAGACGUCCCCUUCUCAGCACUCUACUGGUAUAACUUCGAAAUCUUUAAGAAGUGGCUCUGCAAGAAAUCUGGCUGCCAGGAACCCACUUUCGGCAUCAAUUUUACUUCAGGAGCGGCAUCGGGCUCCAUUGCUUCUGUUGCAACCUUACCGUUUGAUGUGGUCAAAACCAAAAGGCAGACACUGCUCUGGGAACAUGAUGUUUCCCGGAAGUUGCCAUAUUCCACGUGGGAAAUAAUGAAGAGCAUCGUUAAAGAAAGUGGGUUUACGGGGUUAUUUGCAGGGUUCAUUCCCCGUUUAAUUAAAGUUGCUCCCGCUUGCGCCAUAAUGAUCAGCACAUACGAAUCCGGAAAGACUUUUUUCUACAAACAGAACUUAAGGAAACAGCAACAUCAUUAACUCACCUCCUUGGACUCUGAAGAACAAAGUUCACCAGCUUCCGAGAUGGCGGAUUUUCAGUGCCAGAGUGGAACGUGACGCCCACGUUAAAAGUAUUUGAAAUAUUUUUUUUUUUCCCAAAAUUUGCCACGAUCCAAUAGACUACCGCUUUUUACUCUCCCUCCAGAUGUGAACUCCAAAAAGCCAGUUUUCUGUUUUAGCUCAACCUCAGCAGUGCCCGAAGGGUUUCUGCAACAAUUAUUGACACCUCAUGUAGUCACAUUAGUAAAGAAAGUUUCUAUUUUUGACAAGCUAGAUGGAUGGCAAUCUGGUUCAGUCCUUUCCCGGCCUGAAUUUUGUUUCCGUUCUCUAAGUGAAAAUUUUCGUCUCCCCGAGACGCUAUUGUGGAACUCCCGGCGAGAGUUCAGUGUUCAGAAGGAAAGGUUGAAUCUUGGGGGAAAUAUUAAUCAUGAAAAUCAGUGACUAACUCUGGAUACCCGCUCUGGUCCUCAAGAAGGAUUUUGUCUUGAAAGCGAAGGCCCUUGUAAGGAAAAAUAAUGGGCAGGACUUCUAUAUUUUAAUGAAGCAGGCUCUGAAAGGCGGCAGUUGAAUCGCUAUUUUCCAGAUGAUUUUCCUUUUCAGGUCUGAACUCACUGUUCCUUAGAUUUUUUUGUUUUCAAAUUUGAUUUUUUUGGUGCCUUAUAGCUUUUUUAUAGUCAGGAUUUCGGCUAAUAGAAGCCAGCUGGUCAGUUUACCCUCACGUUUGGAAAGAGGAUCGGUUUUCCUUCUUAUUGGGAACAAAUUAGUAUAUUUUGCAAGUAGCGGUGUGGGAGCUGCCAUUCUCGAUGAGUACGGCUCACGUUUAACUGCGUUCGUUUUCAUUCCGUUUUGAGCGUGUCUCAUUGAGAUAAAGGAGAGGGGGUAACGUGCUUACUUGCGACAAGCUCCCAUUAACCUUGAUUUGUGCUAAAAGAAACAAGCGCUGGAUCUGAAUGCCUCUGGGGUUGACUUAUUACCCAGGCGCGCGCGUGAUUUGGAAAUGAACUAAAAACCAGUUUCCGAAGGGAAGGGUCGCCGGGGUGAGAUGCAAGUGUGCGACGGAGGGAAGAUAGAGCCGGGGGCUAGACGGAAGGGGCCAACGGGUAGCACUGACCUCAAGAAAAUGACUUCAUUUUCUCAGAAUAAUUAACACUUUACGGUGGUUACACGACGCUGCACUUUACUGUGAUCUAAAGAUGAAAUGUGAAACCCGAUUUUUCAGAAUGUAGUUGUUGAAGAGGCUCGUGUUGAAUCUUUUCCUGAAAAAUCUUUAGUUUGAAUACGCAAAUAAAUUGUUUUUUAUAUUUUAGAA